AUGGCCUAUCAAAUGGGAGAGCCUGUUAUAUGUGCAGUCUACCCAACGUGUGUUUUUUUUUGCUGGGACCCCCCACGCCCUGCAACUGCGGCGAUAGAGGCUAAUCGCUCACUCUCAUGGACCUACGAGGUGGAGUGGGUAACAAGCCACAACCCAAACAAAAAACACUCUUCAGGAGCAACGCCGUAUUGCCACGCUGUCAUUGAAGUAAUUUAUCCUAACGAAGUUAUGAACAUCCGCGUUGUUGCCCGUGCCAAUGUUUCGGCCGACGUCGUCGCAUACAGUUCCACAAGCUGUACAAUGAACGCUGGCGUGACGAUUGCAAUGCCUUGGCUGCAUAAAAAAUCCAUGGAAUGCCGUUGCAUAUUUGAUGGUCUUCUUUUCUCAACGAAUGGGGCGCAGUGCAUCGAGGCAAUUCCAGAUGAAUUGGAUUAUGUUAAGGCGACAAUAGCGUCUGUGUAUAUGCUUGAGUCUAGUUUUGCGUGCAUUAUUGUAAAGGCUGUUUACGGUGACCCGCCUCUGCCAAUUACCACUUCAGCUGUGUACUACUUUGUUGUGUGCUCCAAGGCUCUUGUGAGGCAACGGGAGAGACUGCGUCACUCGGGUAUUCAAGAGUUGUUGGAAAAAGGGGAGGCGUCUGCGGUCUUCUGUGGUAUUGGUGAGAUGGGGUCCUCCGCCACGUUGGCGGCGCAUAUAUUUAUAGCGUCUAUUCCCGACUCGCUUAACAGGCUGCGAGCGCGUGUCUUUUGUAUUGCGUAUGGGACACCUAGGCGUAUGUUUUUUGAGGAUUCUUUGGUUCUCGCCUCCACCCUGGCAUUCAGCGGUAACUUUUUGUACUACACAGGCCUCUUGGAGGCUCCUGACCCCUCGAGUGGCUACAAAAAUAGGCCGCCCCCGCCGCAGGUCAUCAAGGGGAAGGAAGCCGUAAAUGACACGGCUCUGCGCUUCAAUGCACCACUUGGCGUGCGAUGUGGACCUCUUCUGGAUUUGCAAGAGGGGCGCCGCUACUUACGCACGCGUUGCUCUGGUUUGGAGACGCUAAGCGAGGAGGAGUGUCACGAACACCUUGAUGUUUCGCAGCAACUUCGCAUUUUGAGUCACCUGCUUCUUCCGGGAGGCGAGGCGGUGUUGUUGCCUGCUAUCAAAGCGGUGGAGCACACGGUGGAGGACGGCGUCGUGGUGUGCCUCCACAUUACUGGCGCUAACCUGCAGUACCGGCCACAGAUCUGUGUGUCUUCGCACGGUGGCUGGCCCACGCAGGUCUCCGUUACACAUGUGAGUCCGCGGCAAAUAAACGCCACAUUUUCGUUGGUGGCGAUGCUUAGCGUGGAGUCGUCUAAGCGACUGAAGCCUCUGCGACGGUUGCGAGUCGAUUUUGCGUUUCUCACGGACAUUGGACAUACCUCCUACGUGAAUUACACCAUCGAUGUUCCUGAGGAUGUCGCUGAGUUAAUAUUUCUUGAAAAUAGAAGCGAAAUCCCUCACUCGUGGAUUUUUUCACAACCGAUGAACCUCAUUAAUAACGCCAUCGUUAUUGAACCACUUCUUACAACCCCAAUGACGAAGGAGCCACGCAAGUUUGAACUGGUGCGACAAGCUUCCACUGAGAUACUCGAGGCUCUUUAUAGCAUUGGCGAAAUAGGGAGUUACUACGUAAUAAAGAAGCAAAAUGUCGGUUUGUUAAGCUUUGUAGCUAAUGUGGCAGCAAAGGUGUCUACCUCAAGCAUGACGUCUCAAUCAAUGACUCCAAUGACUAUUGAGGCCCCACUUACGAGGGAGAGAGUCUUUGAGAGAAAACUGGGGGAAUAUAUCAACAGCAAAAAGCGGGCUGUUUCCAGUUUACUUUCUAGCCUUGCAACAUGGAAGCAGCGACUUCAUCGAGGUCUACCUUGGAUGUGUGAUACAAAUUACAGGGACAAGCUAUGCUAUUUGUUGAGCGUGUUUGAACAGACGCGUCCUGCGCCUGAUACCUCCCUCGUUUCAUUGGAGAUUUCUCUCUUCACAUUUGUCCUGCGCUUUCUUCGGAACACGUGUGGUGUGGAAAAUCUACAACACCUCAUAAGUCUUCACCACUACAUGAGCUUUGAAAAAUUUUACCAGCUUGUGUAUCCCGUAUUUCUGGCCUCUACCCCAACACUGGAAAAUGCUGCUUUUGUGAUUGUACUGGAGUCUGCCGCGCUGUGGGCGGUCUGUCUGAUUUUCCACCUUCGCUGCUCGUAUCUGUUUAAACAUCUGAUUGCCGUGACAGGGUGCAGUGGAUGUGGCUGUACAACUAUUUGCAACGCCCUCGCACGCCUAUGCAUGGAGCAGGACUACAGCUUCCGAAACAGUCAGCGUGUGAGAAAUAUUUUGAUUUGCCAUUCGGUGGAAAAUGAGCUGGAUGAUUUGAAGGAAGUUCUUCUGCUUGGUGUAAGUGUCACGGUUGUUGUGGUCGGUGAGUUUGCGGACAUCAAAGGCAUGGGGUAUAAAGCGAUAUGGGGCUCAAUCCGUCGCUCGGUGCGUAACGCCGAAAACCAGCGAAUUUACGCUUUCAUUUCAAAGGUUGACGAACUGGUGGGUUUAUGCAGCGGCCGCGGCAGUGAGCUUGACAAGGGCGUCGAUCUGGUAGCCGUGCUACGUGACACUGCACUGGCGUCGGUGUCAGCAGGAGGAGCUGGGAGAGAUGUGCCGAAGCACCUUGUUGCGGUUUCCUUUGCGCCAUCUGUGUCGUUUCUCAAGUCAUCACGCUUUCUUCAGCUAAAUGGUGUGUCUGCCGAGGCCUUUGCAGAAAGGCUUUUAACAGUUUCCUUGGGGGAACUUCGUCGGAUUCUCUUGCGUGUUCGAAAACGUAGUCAUCAUUAA